GGGACGGGACGGGACGCGCGGGGGGUCGUGGGCGCGGCCCGGGCCGGGGGCGGCAUGCAGCGGAGGUGGGUGUUCGUGCUCCUGGACGUGCUGUGCGUGCUGGUCGCCUCCCUGCCUUUUAUCAUCCUGACGCUGGUGAACAACCCAUACAAGCGAGGCUUCUACUGCAGCGAUGACUCCAUCCGCUACCCGUACCUGCCGGACACCAUCUCCAAUGGGUUCAUAGCUGGUUUCACCACUACUGCCACCAUUGUCCUCGUCUCCAUCGGAGAGGCCUACCUGGUUCACUCCAACCGACUCUACUCCCGCUCCGAUUUCAACAACUAUGUGGCUGCUGUCUAUAAGGUCCUGGGAACCUUCCUAUUUGGGGCUGGGGUGAGCCAAUCCCUGACUGACCUGGCCAAGUAUAUGAUCGGCCGCCUGCGUCCCUGCUUCCUGGCUGUGUGUGACCCCGACUGGAGCCGCAUCAACUGUUCAACAUACGUGCAGGUGGAGACUGUGUGCAGGGGCAGCCCUGCCAAUGUCACUGAAGCCAGGUUGUCCUUCUACUCCGGACACUCGUCCUUUGCGAUGUACUGCAUGGUGUUCUUGGCUCUCUACGUGCAGGCGCGACUGUGCUGGAAGUGGGCCCGUCUACUGCGACCCACCGUGCAGUCCUUGCUCGUGGCCUUCGCCCUCUACGUGGGCUACAGCCGUGUGUCGGACUACAAGCACCACUGGAGCGACGUUCUGGCCGGGUUCCUGCAGGGGGCGCUGGUGGCCGGCUUCACGGUUAAGUACCUUUCAGACUUCUUUAAAAUGCGGCCCUGCCUGGAAGUGGAAGACCAGGAGCGACCUCCCCGCGCAUCCCUGCCACUGGGCGAAGGGACCACCACUAGCAACCACUAUGUGUACCCGGUUUCCUCCUCUUCUUCCUGAGACCGCUGCUAUCAGCCAAAGGGGUGCAGCAUGUCCUGGCAGGCCCAGGGGCAUCUGAACCCCCAUUCCUGCCGGGGACCACCCUCAGCGCCCCAGGCAC